CUUUAGGUUAUCUUUAUAAUGGAUAUACAAUAAUUAUUGUACACCCGAUUUUUUUAAAAGUUUGUGCACAAUAUUAACGAUUAAUGAAUGCCAAAUUUCCAAAGACCAAUCCAUACAAAAUUGCAAACCAUUUUCAUCCCUUCGACAAUAGUCACAGUGUCACACCCUUUUUUAAGGGUUCAUCUCUCCCUCCAAAAUGCUUUCUUCGUUUCUUCACAUGUAUUCGUAAGAAAGUUUCUGUGACCCCAGAUCUUGCAAGGUUUGAGCUUUUUCUCUGGUUGAUUGGAAUCCAAUUUGGCUUUCCCAACUAGAUUUGAAACUCAAAUUUUACUUUAUCUGAUUUGAUUUUAUUAAUUCGUUUCUACUGAAGGUGGGAAAUUGGUAAUUUCUUUAAGCUAGACUUCUUACUAUAAGUACUGUUUGGGUACUAAAAUGGUCAUACCCAUUUUAGUCUUGGGUAACUCUACCCAUAUAAGCCCAAAGGGCAUAAAAAAGGUAUAAAAGGCCCCAAAUAAGUCAAAUACAUCAAUAUGGCCUUCAACGGCCCACAUAUGUAAUUUUAGGGCUCAUAAACCCACUUAUGUACUCAUAUAAAUACCCCUCAAAGGGCAUAAGGUAAAAGGAGGUCACUCUUAUCAUCUAAGAUGACCAUACUCCUCCACUCUCUCCCCUAAACUCCUCUCAAAAUAUGCAUUGUUUGGCAACUAACUUGGGCGUCGGAGGCUCCGCCCCGGGUUCAACCCCCGGGGCUCGGGGUUCAUUUUGCAGGUCCAUUCAAGGCCCAAAUUCGAGGUUCUCAGACACCCCUCCAAGGCCCGGUUAGCUCAUUUUUUGCCGAAACUAGUACUAAUGCUUCUUUUCUGUUCUUUUGAUCUAUAAUGAGCAUAUAUUUGCUGGGUUUUAUCUUUUUCAAUUGAAAUUACUCUUUUUUGGGUUGAGAUAGAAAUUACUUUCAUGGAAAAUGGAAUUUAGAGGUUUGGCUUAGCAGCGUUUCUAGGGUAUUUUGGUUACAUCUUUACAUUCAUUAGGGAUAAGAUUUCGUACAUCUGAACCUUCCGAAACUUCUCGACAAAAUCACCCUAUUUGUUGUUGUUUACCGACUGUAUGAUUGUAUGAGUAUCGAUUUUAUGUUAUUGGUUAUAACUCUUAUAAGUCCAUAGACUAUGCAAUGGUCCCAUUUUCUAGUGAAGUGUCAGAGUAAUAGAGUAUUGUACCUAAUCAACUGUUCAAUUGUGUUACAGUGUACACUGCAUCUUAAGACUAAGUCAAUUAUAACUGCUAUAAUAAGUCAAACUGGCAACUUAUCUAAAAGAAGGCUUAAAUAUAAAUUCUAAGUCUGAUUUUUGUUUCUGAUGGUUAUACCAACAAUCCAAAAGAUAUAACUUAGAUCCCCUUAGUCUUGUUUAGCUACUCUUUCUUCUUUGAUUUCCUAUUUUUCUUCUGUGUAUUACUUCACAUGUCUCUUCAGAAGCCCAUGAAGUUCAAGGUCUUUAAGAUGUUAAAAAGCUGCUAUUCGUGUAGUUCUUAUGAUCCAUACAUGCUUGAAAUCCCAACUAUUAAUGAAUUAACAUCAGAGGAAAAAGAGAGAAACUUCAUCCGCAAUGGGGCUGUUCUUUUGGAGAUGCAGAUUGCAUGCUUUAAAGGCAAGGGUAAAGAGCCAAUUAAGAUAUAUUCAGAUGAAGAUAUUUAUCGUGCAACAAAUGGUUAUCAUCCAGCUCAGAUCAUUGGUCGCAAUAUUGCCACUGUAUAUAGAGGAAACCUUGAAGAUCGAGCUGUUGCUAUAAAGACCCGUCAUGGCCUUUCUGGCUCAGAUGAACUGAUUGAGUUCUUCUUAAAUCAGGUCACUAUCAAGCAGCAUAUCAGCCACAAAAAUGUGGUUCGCCUCUAUGGUUGUUGCUUAGAGACUCAUGUUCCCAUGCUCGUCCAUGAGUUAAUGCAUGGUAACUUGUUUGACCAUUUGCAUAGGUCAAGUGAGUGCUGGAUCUCCUGGAAAAAUCGCUUGAGAAUUGCCACUGAAAUUGCGUAUGCAAUUUCUUAUAUGCAUUCUGCAGAAUCAAAGCCUAUUGUUCACAGGAAUGUCAAGUCAGCAAGCAUUUUCUUGGAUGAGUCUCUCUCUGCUAAACUUUCUAACUUCGGACUGUCCAUUUCUAUUGACCCUGAGGAAUUGAAACCAGAAUGGCCGCUCGUGGGAAGUGAAGGAUACAUUGAUCCGGAGUAUGCAGAGACCUUAGUGGUCUCUGAGAAAUGUGAUGUUUAUAGUUUUGGGGUUGUUAUGGUGGAACUGAUAACCGGGAAAGAUCCUGCAAAUAUGUGGAAACAAGGUGGUGAUUUAGUUAGUUACUUUAUUUCAUAUACAACACAAAAUUGUGUGUUAGACAUUGUUGAUCAGAGAUUAUUGCUAGAAGGAAGUGUAAAAUCUACUAUAGCACAGUUUACUGAGCUUACUAUGAGGUGUGUCCAAAGUCAAGGAGAAAGAAGGCCAACCAUGGAGGAAGUUGUAUUACAGCUUCAAAAAAUGCAGAAGCCUUUGGACUCGUGUUCAAGGAGUUGAGGGGGUUGCAACGCAAGAUGACAGAAUCUGGAGUGAUGUAAAACGGAAGAUGCAUGAUACACAAAGCCUUUGAGCAAUUGAGCUUUGGCAAGGUCUUGAUGAAUUUCCAAGGUCUAGCACUAUUGCGUUACAUUUUAAGUGAAGCUAUCAUUUCUGUCAGUUAAAUGAAGUUAAAAAAAUGCUAAUGUGACCUUAAUUUUCCUCUAGUUUCUUCACAAUCAGCUUCCCACUCCUACUUAAUGUACCAUGUAAACUGUGAAGUACUCCGUAUGUCAAUGUAAGUACUUAACUAUAUGGGUUUGGAUCUAGUUUGAAAGAGAGCGAAAGGAGGAGGAAUUGUUAAAGGAUAUGAAAUGUUAAAUUAUUCAGACAACAAGGCAAGUUUUAAAAAAUCUUUGAUUGUCCAAUAAAAGGCUACUACCACUGUUUUGUUGGUAUUUUAUUAAUUACAGAUUGAAUUAUUAUAUAAUUUGAUUAGUAUCCUAUUAUUUCAACAUUCACGUUCUUCCACAUGGUUAGCUGUGCUUUGUGCUUCAUUUUUGGUAAGUUGUAUGUUGUUGACUUUUACACUGUUUUCAAAUUUCAAGUAUUCUUUUCCUUUUUUUU